AUGAAUAUUGUUUCAUCUUCCAGACAGCAAGAGUUGCAGGAAGGUGGUUUCAACAUGGGAAAAAACCCAGAGAACAUGGAGAUGGGUGUCCAAGAUAUGGAUUUUGACGACGAUGGACGUAUAAAGCGGACUGGGACGUUGAUCACUGCAAGUUCUCACAUAAUUACUGCUGUUAUUGGGUCUGGAGUGCUCUCUCUACCUUGGGUUAUAGCUCAGCUGGGUUGGGUAGCUGGACCUGCUGCUCUCAUGGUUUUCUCUUUCAUCACAUGGUUCACGUCUACUCUACUUGCCGACUGUUACAGAUCUCCUGAUCCUGUUUCAGGGAAGCGGAACUACACCUACAGAGAUGCAGUGAGAACCAGUCUAGGAGGACUCAAGGUGCAGCUCUGUGGAUUAGCUCAAUAUGGAAACUUUAUAGGAGCUUCCAUCGGAUACACCAUCACUGCUUCUAUCAGUAUGGCUGCAGUUAUAAGGUCCAACUGUUUCCACAAGAACGGUCACCAUGUCAAGUGUCAUGUAUCAAACAAUCCUUUCAUGAUCAUAUUUGCGUGCAUCCAGAUCGUUCUGUCCCAGAUACCAAACUUUCACAAGCUUUCAUGGCUGUCAAUUCUUGCAGCUCUGAUGUCGUUUUCCUAUUCUCUAAUUGGAAUUGGUCUCUCAGCAGCAAAAGUUGCAGAGAGAAACCAUGACGUGAGGACUAGUUUAACAGGCGUCCAAGUUGGGGUGGAUGUCACUGCCACAGAGAAGGUGUGGAGGACCUUUCAGGCCAUUGGAGAUAUUGCUUUUGCCUUCACCUUCUCUCCUGUCCUCAUUGAGAUACAGGACACACUAAAAUCAAGUAUCCCGGAGAACCAAGUAAUGAAGAAGGCUUCUUUUAUCGGUGUCUUGACCACAGCCCUGUUCUAUGUGUUAUGUGGUUGCGUUGGUUAUGCUGCAUUUGGGAAUAAAGCACCGGGAAACUUUCUCACUGGGUUUGGACUGUAUGAACCCUUUUGGCUCAUUGACUUUGCCAAUGUUUGCAUCGUCAUCCAUCUAAUUGGAGCAUACCAGGUAUUUUGCCAACCCUUGUUUGCAUUUGUGGAGAAGUGGUGCAGCAAGCGUUGGCGAGACAAUGGAUUCAUAACAAAAGAACAUGCUGUUACCAUCCCUUUAUAUGGCGCAUACAGUAUCAAUUUCUUUCGACUGGUAUGGAGAACAGUGUAUGUGAUUUUAACAGCAGUAAUUGCGAUGACAUUCCCCUUCUUCAAUGACUUCUUGGGCUUGAUUGGAGCAGUCUCUUACUGGCCUUUGAGUGUGUACUUCCCCAUUGAGAUGUACAUCUCACAGUCGAGGAUACCCAGGUUUUCCUUCACAUGGAUAUGGCUCAAAAUACUGUGCUGGGUUUGCUUGGUUGUGUCCAUUAUUGCAGAAGUUGGAUCAGUUCAGGGACUAGCCAAGGAUGUGAAGACUUACAAGCCUUUCAAGACUCUAUAG